AUUUGAGUAAGGGUCACGUGACCACGAUCGACAUUGGAGAAGUUUGUAACCACGAGGUUUUAAUAUCCCUCAAAAUUUAUACAUUUAGUUUCACCGGUUUAAAUCGUUCACAAAUUUAGUGAAAAUUUAGAAAUGCCCUCUAGUAACCCUUUACCACCCAAAGAAAAUGCCUUAUUUAAAAGAAUUUUGAAGUGUUACGAGCACAAACAAUACAAAAAUGGGUUAAAAUUCGCGAAGCAAAUCCUUUCAAAUCCGAAAUUCACAGAACAUGGAGAGACCCUUGCGAUGAAGGGUCUGACCCUGAACUGUAUAGGAAGGAAAGAAGAGGCCUACGAAUACGUUAGGAGGGGUUUAAGGAACGAUUUGAAAUCCCACGUUUGUUGGCACGUUUACGGUUUACUCCAGAGGUCGGAUAAAAAAUAUGACGAAGCAAUCAAGUGUUAUAGAAACGCCCUUAAGUGGGAGAAAGACAACAUUCAAAUACUUAGGGAUUUAUCCUUACUACAAAUUCAAAUGCGUGAUUUAGAAGGUUACAGGGAUACCAGAUAUCAAUUGCUUAUGCUUAGACCUACACAAAGAGCUUCCUGGAUAGGUUAUGCUAUGUCUUUCCAUUUACUAGAAGAAUACAAGAACGCAUUGAAUAUAUUAGAAACAUUUCUGGAACAACAAAAAGGCAACAACUUCGAUUACGAACACAGCGAGCUUCUUCUGUAUCAAAACCUCAUCAUCCAAGAAUCCGGGGAUCUUAAAGAAGCUUUAAAGCAUCUCGAAUCGACACAGGAUCAAAUCGUCGACAAAUUAACGCUGAAGGAGAAUCUAGGCGAAUUAAAUCUUAAACUUAAACAAUUCGACAGGGCCGCUGAGUAUUUCGAGGAGCUCAUUCAAAGGAACCCCGAGAAUACCAAUUAUUACAAUAAGUUAAUUCAGGCUAAAAGGUUGGAAAACAAUCAGGACGUAGUGAAAUUUUAUUUGACGUACGCCGAAAAGUACCCGAGGGCGAUGCCCCCACGAAGACUGCCAUUAAACUACGCCACCGGCGACGACUUUAGGAAUUUAGUGGACAAAUACAUGAGGAAGGCCUUAUCGAAGGGCGUACCGCCUUUAUUCGUAGAUUUACGAAGUUUAUACGCUGACAAAUCGAAAGCCGAUACGAUCGAGUCGCUGUUGCUUCACUACGUCGAAGUGCUGAAGAAGACCGGCAAGUACAGUGAAUCGGAGGUAAACAACGGCCCCAAAGAACCGGCCAGCGCCUUAUUGUGGGUAUACUAUUACUUGGCUCAACAUUACGACUAUUUAAAAUUGACUGAAAAGGCGAUACAUUACAUCGAUGCUGCCAUCGAACACACACCUACCUUAAUCGAACUGUUCGUAGUGAAAGGUAGAAUAUACAAGCACGCCGGUGAUAAUCACGAAGCGUACAAAUGGCUGGACGAGGCGCAGGCGCUCGACACGGCCGAUCGCUACAUCAAUUCCAAAUGCGCCAAGUACAUGUUGCGCGCCAACUACAUCAAAGAAGCCGAAGACACCUGCGGCAAGUUCACGCGAGAGGGCGUCUCCGCCAUGGAGAACCUCAACGAGAUGCAGUGCAUGUGGUUCCAAACCGAGUGCGCGUUGGCCUAUCAGCGCUUGGGCCGAUACGGGGAUUCUUUAAAGAAAUGCCACGAAAUCGACAGACAUUUUUCCGAGAUAAUCGAGGAUCAAUUCGACUUUCACACGUACUGCAUGCGAAAGAUGACGCUGCGUUCGUACGUGGGGCUGUUGCGGCUGGAGGACGUCCUUCGAGGCCAUCCGUUCUAUUUCAAAGCGGCCAAAUGUGCAAUCGAAGUGUAUUUACAUUUGUUCGAUGAACCUUUGAAAGACGAAAGCGCCGAACAGGAAUUGAACACGGAGAACCUGGCGCCGUCGGAGUUGAAGAAGCUGCGCAACAAGCAGAGGAAGGCGCGCAGGAAGGCCGAACAGGAGAGCGCCCAACAGCGGGAGGCGCAGGUGAAGAAGGACCAGCACCACAAGUCGCGGCAGCAGGGCGACGUCGAGGCCGACACGCCCCAGCUCGACGAGCUCGUGCCCGAUAAACUUGCUAGGGUUGAUGAUCCUUUGGAGCAGGCGAUAAAAUUCCUUCAACCCUUGCAAACAUUAGCCAAAGACAGAAUAGAAACGCAUUUGAUGGCGUUCGAGUUGUAUUAUAGGAAAAGACGAGUUCUUCUAAUGCUGCAAUCCAUAAAGAGGGCUUACAUAGUGGACCCGAAGAACCCGAAAUUGCACAGCUGUCUUAUCCGUUUCAACCGAUUCAUACAAGAAAACAAAGGCUCGUGGGACCCCAGUGUUGAGCAGGUGAUAGCACAGGAGACCAAAGUUUACUUCGACAACAAGGAUGCUUAUAGAUUAAAUAAGGAAUUUUUGGAGAACAACUCGAAUAGCCUGCAGGCGGUGCUCGAGGGAGCGAAAGUCAUGUACCAAUUGGACAAUAAGAGGCAGCGCGAAGCCAUCAGUUUGGCCACCGAUUUGGACAAUAAAUACGAUGUAAAUAUUGAUGUUUGUACAAAUGUCCUGAAUUCCCUUAGAGCCGGCGAAUUCGGCAGUUGCGACGCUCAAUUAGAUGAAUUCACGAAGAAAUGCAACGGCGUGUUUCCGUAUUCGGCGGCGUUUAAGCCGCCUUCUGCGAAGGUGGAGGCCAUCAACAGUAACGAAGCCAAUCACGUGCAGGAGCAGGACAGCAACUGAUGGCGACCGCGCCGCAGUAAUUAUAUCAUUUCGAAGGGUGUAUUAACAGUUAAAAACAGUGAACUUUAACCAAUGGUGUUUUAUAUCAAAUUUAAUUUUAUUUGAACUCGUCUAGGUCCGGUAGUUUUUUUCCCUAUCAAAAAAAAAUUUAAUAUAAUAAUGAACUUGUUGGUUAUUUUGUAUAGAGAAGAUAAUUUGUAUUGCUUACGAAUUCGAUUUUAUAGAAGAUAACGGGAAUUUGGUGUGAUAUUGUGUCAGUAAUAGAAUCGAUUUCAUAGUUGUUUCGAGUCAAUUUUCGGUGGUUGUUCGUCGAUUUUGUAUUUAUUCCUUCUUUUUUGAUACGAAAUCAAGAAUCGGAUGAAUUCGACUCGAUAGUUUAUCGCAUCAAUGUAUAAGUCGGAUUGUGAACUUGUUUAUUACGAAUUGGCAAUAUCAUGUUGAAAAAUUUUGAUAUUAUUUGUAAAAAGUAAUUUUUCACUAAAUUAUUUGAUUGUAAACACAUUUAACCAAACUGUAAAAUACCGCUUUUUUUAGGACCUUUUAAGAGUGAGAAAAAUAAAAAACAUUAAAUUAAUUAUUAUCUUUUCAACAUUAUUCUUUGCUAAAUUUAUUCAACUCGGGUAAGUAACCUUAUUAAAAAAAGGUUUGGACUAAAUAAAUAAAAUUCAAUUUUGAACAAAUUACAUCCUUUGUUAAUUACAAAAUGGUUUACAAUACAAAUAUAAAAAAUAAUUAUUAAAUUUACAGCCUUGUAUCAAAAUAUUUGAAAAUAUAAGUUGUAUUAUUAAUAAUUUUAAAUUUAUCGCAUUAGAUUUUAACAAAUUUGCCGAUUAAAUUGAAUUUAUAAAUUAACACAAAUUUUUAAUUCCAACGCACUAGAUUUAAAUCUUCGAUUAAAUUUACACUUUCAGAAUAAAUUUAAUCGGAAUUUAAAUAGAUAUACAAAUGUAUAAAAACGCAACCUCUCACUAAUAAAGGCGUAAAAUCAUCGUAAACAAAUUAAAAUAAAGACUAGCCACUAAUCUAACUUAAAUUAAAAACAAUCCAAAUAAUUAGCGCCGAUUAAUAAAUAAAAGGAAUCAAAAGUUUCCUCUCUUCCGGGUAAUAUCUCUGGAACCUGCUUUUGUACCAUUGAUGACUAAAGAUAAUUGUUAUC